GUGCCCGGGGCGGUUUCGGGGGCGCGCCGGCGGAAGCGGAAGUGGCGGCGGGCGGGAUGGAGGAACCGGAGAUGCAGCUGAAAGUGAAGAAAGUGACGGACAAGUUCACGGAGAGCCUGUACGUGCUGGCCAACGAGCCCUCGGUGGCGCUGUUCCGGCUGCAGGAGCACGUGCGGCGCUCGCUGCCCGAGCUGGCCCAGCACAAGUCGGACAUGCAGAGCUGGGAGGAGCAGAGCCAGGGAGCCAUUUACACCGUGGAGUACGCCUGCAGUGCCAUCAAGAGCAUGACCGACAGCAGCGUUUACUUCAAGAGCAUCGACAGCCUGCUCAGGCACUCCAUUGCCAUGAAGGAGCAGCUCAGCGCUGCCCAGGGCCGCAGCACCAUCACCCCCCAAGCCAAGAAUCCUCCGGGCACUUCCUGAAUUUCUGGUUUUUCAUCCUGAAUUUCCCAACCUUGGGAAGAAGCCAAGAAACCUCUGGGGCUGCACAGGUGGAGAAGCCCCUGAAUUCCCAGGAAAACACAAAAAAGAAGAGCUGGAAAAUCCCAAAUCCUGCUUUUUGGGACCUCUUUUCCAUGGAAAACAGGGUGGGUUUGUGUUUAUCCUUCCCUUUUUUUGUUUCCAGGCUUUUUUUUUUUUUUUUUCCCAAAAAACCUCCCAGAUGAGGUCUUGCUUUGGGAAUUUCGUGUAAAAAGCUGGAAUGUGAGCAGCACUCCAGGCUUUUGUUGAGGAGGAAUUCUCCAAGGAGAAACUUUCCCAGCUGCUGCCAAGGAAUUGCUGGGUUUGGUUUUAAUGAGGAUGAGAAUAAAAAGGAAAAAAAAAAAAACCAACAAAAAAUCUCAAAAAAAAACCAACCAGAAAAUUCCUUUUGAAGGUUUUCAGCUUUUCUCCUGUGGCCGUGGGAGCUCGGAGCUCCUUUUUUAUCCUGGGGUUUCCAAGGGCAUGGAGCAAAGGAAUGUGGAAUUUUAGGCUUUCAAGGGAGAAAAAAUUCCUUAAAAUAC